AGAAGAACCAUGACUAGGUGGGUGCAGAACUUACUCCUCUUGGUGGCCUCUAUCCUUUCCUCUGCAGAGGAAACUUGCCCAGAUGUGAAAGUUAUUGGAGUCGGGGCUUCAGACAAGCUGACCAUUCUGAGAGGAUGUCCCGGGACCCCUGGUAUACCAGGUCCACAAGGGCCAAUUGGUCUUGCAGGAGCAAAAGGGGAUGCAGGAUGGCCUGGGAUCCCUGGGAAGAUGGGACCCACUGGGUUAAAAGGAGAACAAGGAAACCCUGGGCAAAGAGGGCAAAAAGGUGACAAAGGGGAUCAAGGUGUGCCGGCUCCAGGGACUGCACAGAACUGUAAGGAAUGGCUGGAUCAGAGAGGUACAAUCAGCGGCUGGUACACUAUAUACACCCCCAAUGGGCUUCCUCUCUCUGUGCUCUGUGACAUGGAAACUGAUGGAGGAGGAUGGAUAGUGUUUCAGAGAAGAGCAGACGGAUCGGUGGAUUUUUUCAGAGACUGGAAUUCAUACAAAAGAGGGUUUGGUCACAAAGAGAGUGAAUUUUGGUUGGGGAACGAUAAUCUCCAUCUCCUCACAGCAACAGGCAAUUUCCAGCUCCGCGUGGACCUGACAGAUUUCAGUGACAAUCACACUUACGCCACAUACAGCAACUUUCGUAUCACUGGGGAGUCUCAGAACUACACCCUGAGUGUGGGGAAUUUCACAGGAGGAAACGCAGGUGACUCCCUCUCCUGGCACAAGAACCAUUCCUUCAGCACUAAAGACAGAGACAAUGACAUUUACUUUGAAGGCAGCUGCGCCCAGAGAUAUAAAGGAGCCUGGUGGUAUACAAAGUGCCACUCAUCCAACCUGAAUGCACUCUACCUGCGUGGAAAUCACACCAGCUACGCCAACGGAGUUAACUGGAGUUCGGGCAAGGGGCCCCAUUAUUCCUACAAGGUGACGGAAAUAAAGUUUCGUCCGCAGCUUUAAUUAAAGAGGUGACUUGACAAUGAACAGCAGCCACUUUGUAGUAUUGACUUUAUAACCUGCUGCACCUGCUCUAUUAAAUGGCAAUCACCAAAUAAAUGUCGUUUUUUAAAGCAAUUCUUAUAGCUUAA